AUGGAUUCGUUUGCACAGAAAAAAGCAUAUAUUCUGGAGCAGAUUUCGCUCAACAGCGAAGACAACCCGGACGACUCGCCCAAGGGCACGAUCGACGAGUUUCUGAAGCCGUUGAUUGCAACCAUCAACGGUCUGGACGACUUUGUCACCACCAGCAGCUGUUCUGGACGGGUGUCUGUGUUUCUGGAGGGCGAGAAGGGCGUUGAGGAGGGCGGGAAGGUUACUGGAAAGGGCGGAGGCAAGUGGCUUUUUGUGUCGCAUGAUCCUAAGGAGAUUGAGGGGUGGGAGAAGAAGGUGUUUGGACAGGACGACAAGAUGGCCGAGGAGUGGCUGGGCCACGUGGCACCCCAGACCAGUCUGAUUCUGUUUAAGUAUGAGGCUAUGAUUUUGCAUGUCCAAUGUCGGUCUUUGUUGGCCGCUCAGGCUCUUUAUUCGACGGCUAUGGGCUGUGGAUUCAGAGAAAGCGGGAUCGGUAGUAACAACAACGUGGCGAUCCGCAUCUCGCUCAACAUUGGAUGUCCUAUCGGCUACGGCGAGGGGGACAACUUGCAUUUGCUGGUACCCACAAGUUACCUGCAACUUCUUACUCAGCAGAGCCGUACACUGUUUACUGAGAACUUCAGACGCAUGGAUAUGCUGCAUAGGGCCAUUGAGGGACUCCAGAUAAAGAAGGAAACCGUGGAGGAAACGAAGGAGCAGCGGGCACAGCGCAAGCGACAAGAAGGGCUGCGGCGACAGAGGGAAAAGAUGGAGGCCCAACGGGCCGACAGUACUAACGCCCAUCUGCAGUCCUAG